AUGUCUGGCUGGGGACAACAAUACGAGGAGGGUGACGAAGACCAGGGGCUCAAGACCAUCCAUGGAAACUUCAACGAGGAUGGGAAAACCUGCCGCAACUGUGGUGAACCUGAUCACUUUGCACGAAACUGUCCCAAUCAAUACGGCAGUGGAGGUGGAGGAGGUGGGGGAGGCGGACGCGCAUGCUUCAAUUGUGGCGAGGAAGGUCACAACAAGGCCGACUGCCCCCAACCUCGAAAGUCAAUGGGCGCGUGCUACAACUGCGGUGAAGAAGGGCAUUCGAAGAGCGAUUGCCCUCAGCCUCGAAAGUCGAUGGGCGCAUGCUACAACUGUGGGGAGGAAGGCCAUUCAAAGAAUGACUGUCCUGAGCCCCGAAAGGCAAUGGGCGCAUGCUACAACUGUGGGGAAGAGGGCCAUUCAAAGAACGACUGUCCUCAACCCCGAAAGGCAACGGGGGCAUGUUACAAUUGUGGGGAAGAAGGUCACAACAAGUCCGAAUGUCCGCAACCUCGCGUUUUCAAGGGAAAAUGUCGUAUUUGCAACCAAGAGGGCCAUCCAGCGGCUACUUGCCCGGAAAAGCCGGUGGAUAUUUGUCGAAACUGCAAAGCUGAAGGCCACCAGUCGAAAGACUGCAAAGCGAACCGCAAGUUCGACUUAAACCAGGUCGCUGAUAAGCUUCCCGAAGAAGCUUGGGCGAUGAUGAAGGAUGCAAGUGAUGGGAAAGAAAUUGGCGAUUUCAAAGAGGCCCUCCAAAUCUACGCCAAAGCGUGUCCAGACGAGACUUUCCAGACCAUCGGCAAGAAAAUGCUGGAUGAGAAAUUCAAGAUCUAUCUUAUUGCCCUGCUGACCGGGUCUUUCAAUUGUAGGAAAAACCCCCCCGAAGAUGUUAUCAGCUUGAUUGAUUUGCAAGGAAAACUGGAUCGCCAAUACAUCGUUGGCUUCUUUUACAGCGAUAAGCCCCAGCGCGCCAAUCUCCGAGAACGCUGGCCUGAAAACCCGGAGGACAACCUUGAACGUCUCCAAAAUUCAGGACUCCCCUACGACCGGCAAGUGAUGAAAUGCCGCAAUUGUGGAGAAAUGGGUCACAGUUCGCGCGGAUGCAAACAGGAGCCUGUCGUGUUUGAGAAAACGGAAAUCAAGUGCAACAACUGCGGAGAGCUCGGGCACCGGGUGCGAGAUUGCACCCAGCCGCGUAAAAGCCGAUUCGGUUGCCGCAACUGCGGUUCUGAAGAGCAUGAAGCCCGGGAAUGUCCCGAGCCCCGAUCUGCUGAUGAUGUCGAAUGCCGUCGUUGCAACGAAAAGGGACACUUUGCCAAGGAUUGCCCCAACUCCGCUCCACGGGAACCUCGCACUUGCCGUAACUGCGGUUCUACCGAGCAUAUGGCUCGUGAAUGUGACCAGCCGCCAAAUCCUGACAAUAUGAUCUGCCGAAACUGUGAUGGAAAGGGCCAUGCUGCUCGGGAUUGCCCCAGCCCAAAAACUGGAGCAAAGUCAAGUGCAACCGAUGUGGCAACAGUAAUGGGUCACACUGUUCGACGAUGCCCUGAGCCUGAGCCUGAAGACAAUGAAGCUCCUGAUAGCCAUGGAAAGGAAGGCGAGUCUCGCGAAGACUAUCAAGCUCCUGACAACCAUGGAUACGGCGAGCCUCAGGAAUACAACAAUGGAGGAGGAUACGACGAAGAGGGGGGCCGCUGGUGA